AUGGAGACGACCACAAAGAAAAAGGCCAAAAAAGGCCACAACAAACUCAAUAAGAUUUAUGUGGUCCCCGACUGGGAAGAGGACCGCAAACUGAGGAACUGUUUUCCUGCGGGAAUGGAAGACGAGGGCUACAUCGAGGGGGGCAUGGUCUUUGAAUUACCAAAAACGUAUGUCCCAGAAGCCCCAGAGGUCCAGAUCCAUAUGUCCGAGUUUCCUGCGCUGACCAAGGAGACACUGAAAGAAACUCCAAAACGUCAGCAGAAAGAGGAGAAAGUCCUGGAGGAGCCGUCAGAGACUCCAGCUGGGAAGUCUGCAGAGUCUCUGGAAGAACUUCAGCCAGAGACUCAGACAACCAAACCUGAGGACGAGCCUCAAACAGGGUCUGCACAGACUCAUGAAGAGCCUCAGUCUGUCGCUGCAACCAGUGAGUCAGCAAUCCUGACUACUGGAGACACUGAGCUCAAGAAGAAGAGAAAGAAGAAGAAGAGAGUGAUGUCAAAGAAGAAGACGAGGUCUGAAGGCCAGUCUGUUCCACCUCAGCAGAAAGAGGAAGAACCUCAAGACAAGACCGAACCUGUGUCUGAGGAGGUACUGGUUCCUGAACCUGUGUCUGAGGAGGUACUGGUUCCUGAACCUGUGUCUGAGGAGAUACUGGUUCCUGAACCUGUGUCUGAGGAGGUACUGGUUCCUGAACCUGUGUCUGAGGAGGUACUGGUUCCUAAACCUGUGUCUGAGGAGGUACUGGUUCCUGAACCUGUGUCUGAGGAGGUACUGGUUCCUGAACCUGUGUCUGAGGAGGUACUGGUCGGGGAAGAAGAAAAAUCCCCUUUCCUGACCAAGCACCAGGAAGACCAGGAGAAAAAGGAUUUCCAUUUGGAAGAUGAGACGACUCAUCUGAUGGCCCAGGUCUGCAACGAGAACCACGUCCUGAAGGAUGAGCUGAAGCAGACCAAAGAGGAGCUGAUAACUAAGAGCCAUGAAUGGGAAGAAGAAAGAUCACGUCCUCUGGCCCAGAUCAAUGUGGCUGCUUCAAUCAAAGAAGACCUCCAAAACAAGACCAAACAACUGGAGGAGUCAAGAUCUGAUUUGGCCCAGGUUUCCAGGGAAACAGAGACCCUAAAGGCAGCUCUCAAACAGGCUCAAGAAGACCUGGCAAAACAGAGCCGCCAGAUGGAGGAGGAGAGAGCCGCCCUCAAGUUACAGCACGAGGAGGAGAUCUCCAAGUUAAGGGGUUCUCUGGACCAGGCCAAAAGGGACCAGAGAAAACAACGAGACCUGUGGAAGGAGGAAAGGUCCCGCCUCCUCUCUGAACAAAAAGAGACAACAGGCCGUAUGGAGGGGGCUGUAGAAGACCUCCAACAGCAGCUCAACAAUGUCAAGAGCCAGUGGGAACAAGACAGGUCUAAGUUCCUGGUCUCUGAACUGGAGGAAAGGUCCAGAAGUCAAGCUGCUCAGGAGACGGUGGAGAGCCUAAAACGCCAGUGGGAGGGGGAGAGGUCCUCUCUCCUGGCUGAACAUCGCCAAGAAACUUUGGAGCUGCAGACGGCUCUCCACCUGGCAAAGGGGGACCAGGAACGUCACAGACAACAGUGGGAGGAGGAAAAAUCCGGACUCCUGCUGGAACACAACACCAGAACCUCUAAAAUAGAGGAGGAACUGGCCCAGGCCAAGAAAGACCUGGCUGACCAACAACGCCAGUGGGAGGAGGACAGGUCAAGUCUCCUCCAAGAGAGCGUCAGCCUGAAGGCCUCCCUGCAGCAGGCCCAGCAGUUCAUGGAUCAACAACGGCUGGACUGGGAGAGAGAAAAGGCCUCUCUUGUGGAGUCUGUGGACGCCAUCAAGCAGACUCUGAUGGAGAAGGAACAACAGAACGCUCAAACAUUAGAGCGCCUGAUGGACAGACUUGAUCAAGUGGAGUCUGAGCUGGAGGAGAGGAAAGAGAAGAAGAGGUCCUGGUGGAAGAGGCUCCUGUGUCUGUAA